AUAACCUUUGUUUGCUUCUUUCUGUCCGUUUUUGAAUCAGGCCUGUUUGAGCUUUGGAACUUCCAAACAAUCAUUGGAUUCCUAAGCUAAUUACUUCCGAUUUCACGUAAAAGAUCCCAACUCCUUACAUCAAUAUUUCCAGAUAUACUUUCAAAUCCUAAUUUUUCAGUUGCAGAUGAACAUCAUCCAUUAAUCAGGUGGUUUGAAGAAGAUGAGUUCCAUAAGUGAAAAUGUAGAUAGGCUUACUUGCUUGCCUGAAGAGAUUAUUUCACAUAUACUCUCUCUCAUUCCUAUAAGAUUAGCAGUGCAAACAAGCAUUUUAUCAAAAAGAUGGAGGUACACUUGGAUGUUGCUCAAGAAGCUUGCCUUCAAUGAUUAUCCCUACAUACUUGAUAGAGAUCCCUUAUCAAAAUUUGUAGACUCGGUAUUGGAGCUUUACAAAACAUCCCACAUUGAAGUAUUCCGCUUACACUUUUCUGACAAUUGGGUUCGAAAGUCAAACGUGUCAAAGUGGAUUAAUGAAGCAGUUAGGUUAAAUGUUCGUGAGAUUGACAUACAAGUCAAGCUUCUUGAGUUGCCUCUAAAAUUGUUCACUUGCAAGACACUCACAAAAUUAAGAUUAAUUGUGAAUUGUAAUGAUCCAGAUGUUUUUAACGUUUCAUCUCCGGUCAUACUUCCUUGUCUGAAAACCCUUGAAAUCAGUGUUAAUGGCAAACCUUGUACCAAUGCAUUUAUACUCAUCAAUGGCUCCCCGAUACUUGAAAGUUUAUUUUUAGAAGUAGCAUGGCGCGAUGAUGAAGAAGAAUACAAUUUCAAUAUUCCUACUUUGAAGCGAUUGGAACUAAGAACACGCAAAUGCUUAUCAGUUAUCAACAAAGUUGUUUUGAAUGUCCCUAAUCUUGAAUACUUCCUUGUUGGUGGGGUCUUGUGUUCACUAUUUGUGAUGAAAGAUUUGUCAAAUCUAGUUGAGGCAACUUUUUCUUUUUAUGAAAUAAGAUUUAGUCAUUUGAUGAGUGAGCUUUUAAAAGGAAUAAGUGAAGCCAAAUCACUUUCAUGGUCCACUUCAAAUAUCGAUCUACCAAUUCCAUUGAAUUCGCCUCUGCCCAAGUUUCUCAAUUUGAAGCGAUUGGAGUUGAAGGGUUCAUGUUCACGAUGGUUGUCAAUGUUUCAUGUUCUUGAAAACUCUUGUGAGUUGGAGCAUUUAUGUAUUGAUGAGCCUGAAGAAUUUUGUUGGAUUGAGCCUCAACAAAUUCCCACUUGUAUGCUUUCAAAUCUUACAACCUUGAACUUUAAAAGAUGCAAUGGGCGCAAGUGGGAUUUACAAUUCCUAGAAUACAUGUUGGGGAAUUCGGAGGUUUUGAAGACACUAACAAUAAUCACUUCUGAAACCUUGUCCCCCAAAAAAGAAAUGUGGUUGUGUGCACAGUUGUUGAAGUUUCCAAGGGCUUCAAGGUCUUGUGAGAUCCAUUUUGUUGGGAAUUCGGCUUAUAACUAGUUUUUUUUUUUUCCAAGAAUAAUAUCUAUGUAUUAUCAAGGACUUAUAUUGUGUUUCAUUUUGCAUGUAAGAUAAGUUAUGCAAUGACAUACAUAUAUACACACACAAACACACGUUUUGUGAACAAAACGUGUUGUGUUGUCAGAUUUAUCU